GAUCAGGAUUAUAUGUGUGAAGCUUGUCCCUCUCGAAGCACUAGGUUUGGAAAAAUCCACUUGGCAUUCACACACCUAUCACUCUUCUGCUGGUGACCUGUCCCCAGACUCGAGUACCACCCACUUCCAGGAAUAGGGGCCAAAUUUUCUACAUUAGGAUAAUUAGGAUUAGAUGAGGAUAAUUUAAAAACAAGCUGUGUAUGUUAAUUGGCUUCUAGCAGGAUCCAUGGAGAUAUACUCAAAUGAAUGGUUUGUAGGGGGGUGGGGCGAGAAGAAGAAUACCCAGUCUCUGGGCUCUGUGGUUGCAGACUGCCUCCUGCAGCCCUGCCAAGCCGGAAACAGUACCUGGUACAUGGCUGCUGCAUAAAACACUUGUUAAACUGAGCUGAACCUUCACCUAUGGGACUCAAAGGCUACACUCCUGGAUCUCUGUUAGUCUUUGUCAUGUUUGUGGCUGGACUGUCUUUGGGGAGUUUCCUCAGGGCUUUACAUUCACUCACUCUCCGCCAGUGCAUUUGUAGUCAUUUUCAUCGGUGGAAAUGCCCACCUGCCAUCAGAAGUUAUCUGGAACCAGCCCCUGUCUGUGGUGCUAUUUCUUUCUUGUCAGUUCCCCUUUCUGCAUUUGAGUUCUAGUCUCAGCCCUGACAUUAUUUCUUUCUCUACAAAGAGUGUUAGGAAGUUAUGGGGAGCUCACAAAGGCUCCUCAUCGUUUAUUCUUAACACCUUGUUUCUGUGUUCCUCGGGAAUGUCACUGAGCUUAUACAUCUGGUCUCUGGGAGCUGCAGUGGAUGGGCAUUUGUGACAGCACUAUGGGACUGAGUCACACUCUCCUUGUGAUGGCCCUCCUGCUCUCUGGUGUUUCUUCCAUGAAGAGUCAAGCAUAUUUCAACAAGACUGGAGAACUGCCAUGCCAUUUUACAAACUCUCAAAACAUAAGCCUGGAUGAGCUGGUAGUAUUUUGGCAGGACCAGGAUAAGCUGGUUCUGUAUGAGAUAUUCAGAGGCAAAGAGAACCCUCAAAAUGUUCAUCUCAAAUAUAAGGGCCGUACAAGCUUUGACAAGGACAACUGGACCCUGAGACUCCACAAUGUUCAGAUCAAGGACAAGGGCACAUAUCACUGUUUCAUUCAUUAUAAAGGGCCCAAAGGACUAGUUCCCAUGCACCAAAUGAGUUCUGACCUAUCAGUGCUUGCUAACUUCAGUCAACCUGAAAUAACAGUAACUUCUAAUAGAACAGAAAAUUCUGGCAUCAUAAAUUUGACCUGCUCAUCUAUACAAGGUUACCCAGAACCUAAGGAGAUGUAUUUUCAGCUAAACACUGAGAAUUCAACUACUAAGUAUGAUACUGUCAUGAAGAAAUCUCAAAAUAAUGUGACAGAACUGUACAACGUUUCUAUCAGCUUGCCUUUUUCAGUCCCUGAAGCACACAAUGUGAGCGUCUUUUGUGCCCUGAAACUGGAGACACUGGAGAUGCUGCUCUCCCUACCUUUCAAUAUAGAAACCAUCAAAGGGGAGAGAAAAGAGAGCAAACAGACCAACGAAAGAGUACCAUACCACGUACCUGAGAGAUCUGAUGAAGCCCAGUGUGUUAACAUUUUGAAGACAGCCUCAGGCGACAAAAGUACUACACAUUUUUAAUUAAAGAAUAAAGUCCAUAUAACUGUCUAUUGUUUAUAUGCCUUUCCCUUCAAGUUUUGGGCUUACCUUUUUUUGUCUAUUAAUAUUAUUAUUACCAUUAAUAAUAGUGGAGGUUCCAGGACUCCAUCUGAGAAAGCCACCCUGUAAUGCCAGCUCUGCUCCCUACCUCAGGAGCAGACCUUAACUGCUUCUUUUCAUUUCAGAGCAAAUUUGUGCGCCAAGCUCACCUGACUGGCUCCUGGCUCAGGAAUAAUGUUUAAGACUAACACCUCCUGUUUCACAUUCAGCCUUCUUUUCUUAAUUUUAUAAAUUGUGUUUUAUGUAGAACUCCCAAUUACUGGAAUAAUGGCUUUUAUCUAUGAUAAUUCUAAGGUAGUGCCUCAUUCUAUCUUGUAUAUUUGUGACUGAAUAACUACCUCUUCAGUCUUGUGGGAGCUAUAUAUUUUAUGGCUUUUAUAGUAUUGCUAUUAAUAUCUUGAAACAUAAAGAGAUGUGUACUAUAAUAAUGUAAUUACUAUGCCCUGAGAAAAUCACUGCUGAGGAGCUCUUGUCCCUCUGUGAAGAUCAGUAGGAAAAUGGUGGCUUGGCGUGCUGACAAUGAUGAGCAGACCAACUCAAAAUUUGGAAAAUUAAGAACAAUGAAGAUGGAAUCAGCUCUGGAUCCUGGAUCCACUUCUAUCUGGGCCCUUGCUAACCUGAGAAGGAUCCGCCUGCGGAACAAGCUAUAGAUAAGCCUUAGCAGAGAACACUGGGUCAAGCACUGCGCAUUGUGAACCUACUUCUCUUCUUGAAAGAAAUGACUGAGAUGAUGAUCCAGGGCAACUAUGCAAGAGCCAACUGAGAGAUCACAACACUCAAAAGAGAAAAAAAAUGAAAGAUCUUGACAACAGAGAUGCACAUGAAUGUCCUGUCUGUCCAGUCCUCUGACAAACCUUGGGAUUAGCAACAGGUAGACAGUCUGUCCAAAAGGACUUAAGACAGACAGCAGCUUCCAUGGUGGUUGGUGAGAAGUUUGGAUAAUAAUCAAGUUAUUGUGAUGUUUCAUCUGGCUGCAGGCAGAGCAGGGGAGGAAGAGCUAUCAUCUUGAUAAUGGGAUAAAUGGAAGGAAGCUUAGGACUUUCAACUUACUUCUGAGACACAAAGAGCUAGAGUGGAAUCAGGAGGACCAAGAUGUAAAUCAUCUAAAGGCCAACUUAGCUGGUAGGUGCCCUAAGGAGAGAUCAGCUGGCCAAGAUCAGGGCUGGCAAAUUUAUAUCUGAGGACUGUCUAUAUGUCAUUAUAAAUGAUGGGGAAACUGGGUACACGAGAGGACUAUACUAGCCCAGUAGAGAUGAGUCAGAUGACCCUGGCUCUAAAGCAGCAUCACUAAGGGACGAGGCAGCCUCAGUCCAAACCAAGAGAGAACUUUGGGAGGCCCAACCCACAGAAAUAUUUCUUCUUAUUCUACAUAAAGGAAUCUAGAAGGUUGUAGACAGCUGUACUAGCCAUGCUUGUCCUUGUAAUAUUACCAUUUGUGUGUUCUUCCCUGCAUUUGCUUCAUUAGGCCAUAAGCAUCUUGUUGGUUUCUAACAUGUUUCGUAUAGUGAGUUCUUAAUAAAUUUUUCUUAAAUUGA